AUGGUUUCCUCCAAGCUCGCUGUUCUCCUUUCCCUCACACUCUUUACCAUCCCAGCUCUAUCCCACAACUCUCAGAAUGAUCUACAUCGUCGAAACAAUAACCGAUGCGCGCCCGGAACGUACUCCUCGUCAGGAAAUUCCCCGUGUACACCGUGCCCUGCUGGAUCCUACACCAAGGAAUAUGGAUUCAGGAAUUGUCAACAAGCUCGACCUGGCUACUACAUUCCCUCUCGCGGAAUGACACAGGAGUUGCCUUGCAGCCCUGGAACCUACGUCUCCUCUUCUGGUGCCACAGGUUGUCUGAGCUGCCCGCCUGGUUUCAUGUGUCCCAGUAGCGCUAUGCACACGCCCCAGCAAUGCUCUCCAGGCCGCUACUCAACUGGUGGCGUCGCCAACUGCCCCCUCUGCCCCGCAGGAUACUUCAACAACAUCCACAAGGCUACUGGAUGCUGCGAAUGUCCCGCCGGCUGGUUCCUUGCCCAUGGAGGAAACGUCAAUUGCCAGAUGUGUCCCAACCAAACCCCUUACUCGAACCCUGCUUCCACCUCUAUGAGCCAAUGCUCCGCAAAACCAGGGCUGUACGCUCCUUCGAAGACCGCCACUCAAGGCUCCAACGGUGCUUGCCCCCCGUCCCUCCCUAUCCCCAGUGGCAUCCCCAAGCGUCACUGGACCCCCAGGUCCAACUGCAAGGCUGGCGAACGAGCCUGCCCAGUCUACCGCGGCUCCAAAGUCGUCAGCUUCAACUGUGUCGACAUCCGAUCCGACCUCGAGUCUUGUGGAGGGUGUGUCACCUACUCCAACGAUGGCUCUCCCAGCCCAGAUGGUGGCCGGGAUUGCAGUGCGAUCCCAUUCGUCAACGAUGUCCGCUGCAGCAACGGGUCGUGCCAGAUCGGUUCCUGCGCACGCGGCUAUGUUAUCUCCCUGGAUGGAGGUUCUUGCGUCCCCCCUCUCUAA